AACAAAAUCCCCCAUCCAUCUCUGCUUUUGUAUCUUUCGAUCUUUUUUUCUCUCCAAAAGAAAAUUUUUUAGGCACCAAAAAGCGAAAAUUUAUUCUUCGAAACGAUGUCGUGUUCUUCGUCUUUCAAGAAAUCAUCGUGCCUUUCGCGGCGGUUGUCGAGAUCGUUAAGAUCGUAUACAAAAACGGCGUCGUCAGGAACAAUUUCGACGGCGGCGAGUCAACCGGAAUUUAAUUUGGCUUCGGCGGAGGAGGAAGAGGAGGGAGGAGAAUCGUGGUCGACGAUGCUGCCGGAGUUGUUAAGCGAUAUACUAGAGCGCGUAGAGGCGAGUGAAGAUCAGUGGCCUUCAAGGCAAAACGUCGUCGCGUCCGCUUGCGUGUGUAAGAAGUGGAGAGAAGUUACGAGAGAGAUCGUUAAGGCUUCUCCUGCUAGUGGAAAAAUCACUUUCCCUUCUUGUCUUAAACAGCCUGGUCCGCGUAAUUUACCAAACCAGUGUAUUAUAACCCGAAACAAAAAGAAUUCAACGUUCUACCUUUACCUUGCUCUUUCACCAUCAUUUACCGACAAGGGGAAGUUUCUGUUGGCUGCAAGAAGAUAUCGACAAGGUGCUCAUAUCGAGUAUAUUAUAUCCCUUGAUGCGGAUGAUCUAUCUCAAGGCAGUAAUGCCUACGUUGGGAAGUUGAGUUCGGAUUUUCUAGGCACCAACUUUACGAUCUUUGAUAGUCAGCCGCCUCACAGUGGUGCAAAGCCUGGAAGUAGCAGAGCCAGUCGGAGAUUUGCGAGUAAGCAAAUCAGUCCCCAAGUCCCGGCCGGCAAUUUCAAGGUUGGGCAACUGUCUUACAAGUUCAAUCUUUUAAAAUCAAGAGGUCCUAGGAGGAUGGUUUGCUCGAUAAAAUGCCCUUUGCCGGAAGAAAACACUGCUGAAUACAAGCAUUUGGACAACGGCAAGAUGAAAAUGCCUGCAAACACCACCUCCAGCCAUACAGUUUUGAAGAACAAAGCUCCAAGAUGGCAUGAACAUUUACAAUGCUGGUGUUUGAAUUUCCAUGGACGUGUAACAGUAGCAUCGGUGAAGAACUUUCAACUGUCUGCUACUGUAGACCCAAACUCGGGAGGGGAAGUAGACAACGAAACGGUUGUCCUCCAGUUCGGAAAAGUAGGGGAUCAUACAUUCACCAUGGAUUAUAGGCAGCCUUUAUCAGCCUUUCUUGCUUUUGCCAUCUGCCUUACAAGCUUUGGUACAAAACUGGCUUGUGAGUGAUUUUAUUUUUGAUACGUACAUUAUUUAUAUUCCAUAGUAACAAGCUUUAACAUAUCUUUGUUUUCCACUAAA